UAACUUUUACUCAGCUAUGUGAACUCAUCAACAGCUCUUGGAAACAAACACGGCGCUGCACUAAAAUACACAAUGUGUGUGCAAUCACAGAUGUGUCGGCAAAUAGCGAAUUUGGGUCACAUUCUCUUUACUGAAAAUUCUGCUUUGGAACAAGACUGCAUUAAUUGAUUAUAUAGUGAGGAUAAAAUUGCUGAUGACAAUGUCUUUCAUAAGUAAUCAAUCCCCGAGAUGAAAAGGUGGAGCUGGGGAUGUUGCAUCGUUAGAAAACAACUAAAAUACACACUUCUGCCGAUUGUGUGCAUUUUAACGACUCUCAAAAUCAGUGGCCAUGUGAGGAAUCGUCUCAACGAAAUCAGAAACGAUGCGAUUUGUCUUCAGGAAUAUAAUGUUUUGGGAGAGAAAGGACCAGUGGGCAAAAUCACAGCAGAUAUGAAUACGAGGGAGUUGUUUGUCAUGGCAUCUGACUUUUGGUGGCUGGAAUCUGGAGGACACCACAAGCCUAGAAAUAUACAUGAGGAGUCGGGAUUCCACGAUAAUGUAGUAAAUUCCAAUGUAGCAGUCAUAAUUCCCAUCAGAGACAGAGAAGACCAACUAAAGAUUCUUUUGAAUAAUCUUCAUCCUAUUCUACAUCGUCAAAAUUUACGAUACAGUGUAUACGUUGUGGAACAGGCCGAUGAGAAGGACUUUAAUAAAGGCUUGCUGUUAAACAUUGGAUAUAGGAUGGCUCUAGAGCGUAGCAACUACACUUGUUUUGUGUUUCAAGACGUUGACUUAAUACCAGAAGACGACAGAAUACCUUAUGGAUGCUGUAGAAGUCCUAUGCAUUUAUCUUAUGCCAUAGAUAAAUUCAGUUACAGUCUCCCCGAUCCCAAACUGAUUGGUGGAGUAUCGGCUUGGAGGAGAGUCGACUUUGAAGCAGUCAACGGAUGGUCCAACUUGUUCAGUAAUUGGGGCGGUGAAGACGAUGACAUGAGUUAUAGAAUAUUUGCCAUUGGUAAGGAGAUAAAUCGUAUGUCUCCUAGCAUUACUAGAUACAAAAUGAUCAAACACAAACAAUCCAAGACCAACGAAAACAGAUUCUCAUUGCUUUCUGAUUCUGGAACUCGUUACAAGAAGGACGGAAUUUCCAGCUUAAGAUAUAAGGAAGCAAAAGUAAAAGAACAUGCCUUGUUUACACGGAUACGUGUGAGACUAUGAGGAACCCUUACCAUGGAGGAAAAGGAACAUUUUGUUGUAUAAUUAAGAAAACAUGUUGAUAUUAACACAUUGAAAUUCAAUUUCAAAUCAAUCAGUUCAUUGUUGCAAGGUCUAAGUGUAUUGCCACACAUUAUGUUGAAUGAAGGACUACGAUAUUUAUUAUGUUUACGGUAUUUAUGAAUGAAUAUUCUAAAGUUUGACCAUGGAAUGGUGCUAACAAAGCUUAGUGUUACUAGAACGUUUCAACGAAAAAAAAUUCUUAUAGACAAUGAUAAUUAUUCAAGAAAUUAAUUGUGAAUUGUGCUAAUAUAAUGCUUUAUUUUCAAACUUAUUCCCAUUAUUAUUAUUACUACACUAAGGAUCCUCUGUAAGUGUUUAUAUAAGUAUGAAGAAAUACUUCAUAUUAAAAAUGUGCACGUAUAACUAAGGAAAGUACUACUUCAAACAUACCACUUUUCGCACACGAAAUGAAAGUUUUUCGAUUAUUCUAAUUAAAAAUCGUUAAACACUUUCUGCAACUUGUAUGAAAUACUUGUUUGAAAAGUUCCAAUGUUUUAUUUUCAUAUUAAUUAUAAACACAUAAAAUAUCUCUACAUCAUCAAUGCCAUAUUCAAUAUAGAAUAAUCAUCUUGGCGUAUGUAUACAUCUUGUAUCAUACAUUGUAAUAAGAGAGGAAGAGUGAGAGAGGGGAGAAAAUUAAAUGGAUCACCCAUCAAAACGGACCAUUUCUUCCGGUUGUUAUUGAAAUCAAUAAUUUCAUUAGUUUCGUAUUAAAAGGAAUUGUAUGUUUUAAUGUAUUAUACCUGAGACAUUAUAUGCUGUGUAUGCGUGUGUGUAUUUCAUUAUUAUUAUUAUUUUAAUACGCCCUGAAACUGAUGUUUAUUUUUAUCUAGCAUAUUUAUGGUAUCUUGUGUUUUCAUGUUUUAUAUGUACAAUGAGGA